AUGUCCCAGAUGCAAUCUUUUCACAAAUGCAGAAGGCCAUGCUGUCUAAUCUCAACAGGAUUUUGUCGGACAGUGAUGUUGCUUUUUGAGGUUGUAACAACCUCUUGUGCUGAGCAAGGAAACACUGGAGCACUGAUGCUGAGUGCUGGCUUUGCACCUGGAGCUGAACCACACCUGAAAGCAAUGCACUUGGUUAUAAGGUCCGCACAGCUACAGGAUCUCUUGGGGAAAAGAAGGAUUUUUGUGCCGAAGGGAAGGUGGUUGAUGGGCUGCCUUGAUGAACCUGGGGUCCUUGAGCAAGGACAGUGCUUUAUUCGGGCCUCAGUUCCAUCACUGAAUAAUUGUUUUGUGAAGCAAGGUUUAAAAUUUCCCUCAGCAAACAAAAAUGCAGAGAUCAUUGUUGGUACAGUUGUAAUAGCAAAGAACCCAUGCCUUCACCCAGGGGAUGCCCGGGUCCUUGAAGCAGUUGAUGUACUGCAUCACCUUGUUGAUUGCUUGGUCUUCCCCAAGAAAGGUGAGAGGCCACAUGCCAAUGAAGCAUCUGGGAGUGAUCUUGAUGGUUACUUUGUGACAUGGGAUGAGAAACUUAUACCUCCUGGCAAGAAGAGUUGGAACCCUAUGGACUAUUCUCCAGUCGAAGCAAAACAGCUUCCACGCCAAAUAUCUCAACAUGAUCUUUGCAGGUUGACGAAAUCAAUAAUUCAGCCGGUUGCACAAUAGUUGUAAAAAUCAUACUCGGUACUCACCAUUCUUAUCACUAGUUUAUUCAGGAGUAGCAAAGCAUUUUAUGGUUAUCCCUAGUCAUGAAUAUAUGUGAUAAGUUUUUAUCAUCACCCCAAAUGGUUCCACCUAAAGGAAACACUUCUCUACGGACACAAAGUUCUUCUUUCACUAUUAUGGCUAUUCGAGAUGCAGGGAUUACUUGAGAACUAACGAAGAGAUUUCUCAUAUAGGGUACAUAGUAUAAAACUCAUCUCAUAUAGAAUAGGAGACCAAAGAAUUUUCAAAGACAGCACUACUUUAUUUCCAUAAGCAUAGCAUACAAAUGGGUUUUCCCUUUCGGAAACCCCAAAUACUUAUUUACACACGGAGG